GUCAUGUCGUUCAGGGUUAUCCCAUGCAGGGCGUUAUGGAUCAUGACGAUUCGUACAUGGUGUGGUACAGGCUUAUCACACGCCGUUUCAUCAACCCCAGCUACACGCUACCGUCCACCCAUUACCACCCGGCACAUGACGUCAUUAGCGGAUAUGCGGCGGAUAUGGUGGCGAUGUAUGAUGCACUGUCCCUCGCCCUUACAGACGGACCCACCAAAGCCCAGGUCCAGCGGAUGCGAGAUAUGUCCGCGACUUCCUUACGCAGACAUGGUCACGGUCAUCUCAUCCAACAGCGGGACGGUGAUAAUGGUCACUCCAUCCAUUCGCGGUUCGACCCUGGCCAGAGUAGCAGUGGAGGUGAUCCUACGUCGCACACAGAGGCAGAGGAGUACAUCUUCCACAGUUCUGCACCCUUCAGAACCCAGGAGGACGCAUCGUCCAGCCAGCUCACUCCCCCCCGCGCCGGAACCCAUUCACCACCAUUCACCAUUACACUCGGCGUCGUCCAAGACGAAGGGACGACAGUGAGGCUAGGGAAGGGUUACACCAAAUUGAUGAGUAGUGAACGUUUUGUCCUUUUUCCCGGAAUGCUGUAUAUAACGAUUGCAUUAUCAAUAUAAGACAUGCUGGUUGAAUGAAUCUGUUUGUGUUUUGAAGUUUUGUUUGUUUAUUUAUCCAAAUCGGAUUUA